AUGGAAAGACUGAACGGGAUCGUAAAGCAGGUCGUGUCAGCGGACACCUACAUUUUGGCUGGCGCCAAAAAGGGUGGCGUUGCACAGGAAAGACAAAUUAGCUUGGCGUGCAUCCAAUGCCCCAGGUUGUUCAUGAAAAGUCAAAAUGCAGAAAAGAGUGAAGAGCCUUUCGCAUGGGAAAGCAGAGAAUUCAUUCGUAAAAUGAUCAUUGGCAAAAAUGUGAGUUUUGUAGUAGAGUAUAUUUAUAACAACAGAACGUAUUGUAGUGUAUUUUACGAGGAUCAAAAUUUAUCAGUGAUGUUACUUGAGAGGGGUUACGCUAAUCUGGUCUCCAACAAGAAUGUUAAAACGAAUGUAUAUGCUGAUUUGGAGGCUUACUACGUCCAUGCAAAGGAAAAAAAGUUAGGCAUAUUUGGAAACAACAUUAACAGCUAUGUUAGGAAUAUUGUAUACUCCUAUAAUGACAAAAAUCAAAAUAAAAAAAUAUACGAUAUGUUUUUAAACAGAAAUUUGAAGUGCGUUGUUGAACAUGUGAGGGAUGGAUCUAACUUUCGUGUCUAUGCUGAGAUGGAAACGAAUGAGAAGAGGGAAGCUAACAUGAUGAGCAUAGUUGGGGGUAGUGGAUUACAAAAUGGAGCUGUUGGAGAAAGUAAUAGUGGAGCACAGGGGAAGAAGAAAAAAAGCGCAGGUGGAAAAAAAACUCAAAAAAAAAAUAAAGAGGGAGGAGGAGAAGGAGACAGUGAUGUUGAUGAGGUGGGAAAAGGAGCAGUGGGUUACAAAACCAUGUACUACUUCUCCUUCACAUUGUGUGGUAUCAUAGUUGAUAUGUUUAAAAAGGAAGUUGUGAACAAUGUAGAAAAUGUGAAAGAGGAACAGUAUGCCAUGGAGACAAAAAAGUUUGUUGAAGCCAGGUUACUAAACAGAGACAUUGAAAUUGUGAUCAAACACAUGGACAACAACUGCAAUUUAUAUGCAAAUGUGUUUUACAAGCUAGGAAAUAUUUGUACUCUCCUUUUGAAAAAUGGCUAUGCGUAUAUUAAUGAGUACACCAUUAAGUAUGUAGAGAAUGCUGUCGAGUAUAAGAGGGCUUUGGAUGAAGCCAUACAGCUGAGGAAGAAGAAGUGGAUAAACUACACAGAGAAAAAAGUCGAUUAUGAAAAGGAGUAUUUUGCGACGGUUAUUGAGGUUCUCUAUGGAGAUGUUAUCAUUAUAGAUUAUCACAAUGAGGAAAGGAGAUUGUAUAUGGCUUCCAUCAAGUGUGAAAAGCACAGCACUGAUUUGGUUCUUAACACUUUAUGCUUAUCGGCAAAGGAUUAUUUGAAGAAUCAAAUUACGGGUGAGGUGGUAAAAAUUGUUACGGAGUAUGUGAGAACACCACAGAGCAAUAGCGAGGGGUACAUCCCGCAAUGCUCAGAUGACAAGGGAAGGAUGCAUUUUGUUAGCGUCUACAAAAUGGAGAAUAAGAAAAAGGACAUUAAAAAAGGUGAUGCAGCUGUGACUAGUAGUAAGUGGGGUGGCGAUGUAGAAGAGAAGAAAAAAAAGAAAAAAAACGCCAAGAAAGGGGGCGCUAUUAGUAGUGGUGAGGGAAACGGUUCGGGUGUGAAGAAGGGUGCAAAGAUGAAUGGCAAUGCGGAGGCCCACAUGGACGAGGAGCACGAUCACACGCUGAUCAACAUGAGCGAACAACUCGUGGCUAGAGGAUUAGCCAAAGUGAUGAACCACAAACAAGAGGACGAAAAGGCGAGUAACUAUUUCAGACUUCAAGAAUUAGAAAAGGAAGCACAAGAGAAGAAGCUUGGAAGAUUUAACCCACACAUCGAUAUUAUAAAAAUUAAUAAUAUAAGUGGAAGCGAAAACUCCUUACGAGCCAGAUCAUUUGAGAAUGUCCUUAACAAGUAUAACAAUUUAAACGCAUGUGUGGAUUAUAUAUACGGAGCAAACAAAUUCAAGCUACAUAUCCCUUCGCAGAAUUUGUUAAUAAAUUUUAUCCUACUAGGUAUCUCUGUGCAGAAAAUUAAUUUGAAAGAAAUUGGAAGUAUGAUGAGUACCGCAGCUGGCCAAAUGAAAAUGAAAAAAGUUAACGGAGUAGGAGAGUAUGAUGGCGACGAUGCACAGAUCAUACUGAAUGGAGAUGGCAAGUCUAGCAAGAAAGAAAAAUUGGAGCUGAAGGAAAUAGCUUUUCAGGCCUACAAAUAUACAAGAAAAAUGCUCAUGCAGAGAAAUGUGCAAAUAACCAUCUUAUCAUGUGAUAAGGGAGGAAAUUUCAUAGGUAUUUUACGUCACCAGAAUAAGGACUUUGGUUUGCACCUACUGAGUUUAGGGUAUGGAAUGCUUAACGAAAUAGGAUUAAGUAACACGAAUGAAAGAAACAAUUACGUGAAAGCUGUUGAGGAAUCAAAGAAGGAAAAGAGAAACAUUUGGGCCAUUGAAAAAAUAGAAGACAAUGAAGACGACACAGAUAAUGUUAUCCUCAAUGGACAAAAAAAUUUAUCCCAAUUUGAUAAUAUUUAUUACUGCUCCUACGUGGAAGAUAUAAACAAUAUUUACAUUCAGCUGAAGAGCAAACAGGAUCAGUUAAAAAAAUUACAAGAUGAGCUAAACAAGCCAGCCAACUUAGAAUCUUCAUCUCAGCAUGUGCUGCCAGAAGUUAAAAAAAACACCCUAGUCAUUGCCAAGUACAUAGAUAAAUGUUACUACCGAGCAGUUAUCCUACAAGUAAAUAAAGCGAAGAAGAAAGCCCUCGUUAAGUAUAUCGAUUUUGGAAAUGAGGAUGAGUUAAAUUUUGAAGAUAUUAAAAAGUUGAGUGAUGGGUUGAGUUUAAAAAAUUAUCCUCCAUUCAGCAUAAGGGUUUCCUUAGCUGGGGUUAAAAUUCCGGUUGAAAAUAAAGCCGAUUUGAUUAUCUAUGUGAAGAAAUUUCUACUGGAUAAAUUUUUGUAUGUCAAAUUUGAAAAGAAGGAAAAGAACAGCUCCUUUUACCACGUGGUUUUUUACGACUACGAACAGUUCACCACGAACAAGAAUGUCAAGAGUGUGAAUGAGGACAUGGUCUCCAGCGGCAUUUGCUAUGUGGACAACCGCAGUGACACCAAGAUAUUUGAGAAACUCAAGAAGGAAGAGGUGGUGGCGAAGAAGGCCAAGCUCGUCAUCUGGGCCUACGGAGACAUCGACUACGACGACGAGAGUUGA